AUGGGCACCUGCAGCAGCACCACCUACCGCCGGAGCGUUUCCGGAACUGCGCUGGACCCUUUGCAACUUGCGUGGCAAGGAGCUUUUGCUGCUUCGGCAUCGUCGAAUUCGCUUGGUGAUCUCCACCGCACAACAACCUUCGCGAUGACUUAUCCGAUGUAUGUGGUUGCUUUGGAGGUGUUCAUGAAGAUGACGGAGGUCCGACCGCACGAGGAGCUGCUGGAAAAAGGCGUGGUCAUCCAGUACAACCAGAGCAUGGGAGAUGUCAUCUUCGUGUCGCACCAGUGGACGAGCUACACUCACCCGGAUCCCCACUUCCAUCAGCUGCGGGUGCUACAGCAGGCGCUGACAAACCUCCUGACGAAGAUGACAACGGUCCACCCGCAGUUCAUGAACUUCGUACCUGUCGGGAGCCGCCAGCGGUUGACGGCAGAAGAGCUGUUGGAGAGAAAGCUUUUUCUGUGGUACGACUUCUUCGCAUGCCCACAGCUGGAGGCGAGAUCGGACUCUCAAGACAUCAAACCCUCUCUGCAGAACGCAGUGGACAGCAUCCCCUCCUAUGUCCAGAUGUCACGGUUUUUCUUUGUUCUGGCACCCGUCAUGGAGCAUGCGGAGAACGGCAAAAUGCUGAGCAAGCACAGCUGGAGAUCUCGUGGCUGGUGUCGCACAGAACGCGUUGCUCGAGAGCUGACUUGCACGGAUUCCCGAAUGGUCGUCGUGGAAAGCGCAGAGCAUCAGUAUCUCAUGGUUCCGUUCGACUCCUGGCUGCGGCCGGCUGGCGAGGGCCAGUUUACAGUGGCCAGUGACCGCGAGCGAGUCGUUGAGCUUCUGCGAAGUAUGGUCCAAAGGAAGCUCGACUCGCUGCUGAGGCGCAAGGACAUUCACGGGUAUCGGCUCCUGCUCAACAUGCAGCACGUCCAUCUUCAGAUGAGGAUCGGCGAGUGUCGGAAGUGCAGCCCCAGCCCAAGCUCAGACAAGGAGGCGGAGGAUUUAGUGGCCAGCUUCCUGGAGGAGAACAGAUUCAAGACCGUUACCGACCGCGAACACGGAUGGACCCCGGCUUGCUUUGCUGCUUUGCGCGGGGAUUUGCCGCUGCUCAAGGCCAUACUCCAGCAGGGCGCAAAUGUGAACGAGCGCAUGAAGUCGAAGGAGCUUCAGUUUCAUGCAGAGCCGGGAAUGAGUUUGUUGCAUCUUGCAGCACAGUUUGGGAACAACGAAGCACUCCAGCUGCUGAUCCAGGAGAAGGCCGAGCUCAACAGCCAGGACCAGUUGGGAAUGUCUCCUCUGCAUCGGGCGACUCUGGGUGACAAUGCCGUGGGUGUUCAGCUGCUACUCCAGGCAGGGUCGGACCCGGCCUGCCGCGAGAAGAUCGCCAAGUUCACAGCCAUGGGCCCGGCGGCCGCCUGGGGCUCUCUCCGAGGCAUCCAUGCGAUCAUGGAGCACAGCCCGCUGAGGGAGUUCCGGUGGUGCCUGCAUGUGGCGGUCCUUGGCGAAGGAUCAUCCGUAGAAAUGGUGACGACCUUGAUUGCAGCGGGAGCGGCCUUGGAUGAAACGCUGGAUCUGAAUCUGCCGACUUGUCCCAGCCCAAAACGAUGGAAGCUCUUCCAGGCCGUCCUCAAGCAAGCAUAUGGCCCUUCGAUGAGCUUCAUGAUCGCGAAUGCCGUGGGUGCUACGCCGUUGACUUGCAGCCUUCUCGUCGGCUCGUUUGAGGCGACGGCGGCGUUGCUGGCUGCCCAGGCGGACGUGGACCAGAGAAAUGCAUGCGGCGCAUCCCCGAUCGAGAUCGCUAGGGCCGUGGGUGCGCCGGACUUUGUAAUGAAAGGUUUGCGGGGGGACCUGGAGGACUGUAUCCAGAUGGUCUCUGCCUCUGAUGCUCAACAGCUUUUCCUUUGUGUUUGA